GUGAUGUCACAAGGGGGCGGGGCUAUGCUUGACGGACAGGGCGCUGGGCGGGGCUGACAUCUCCAUUCUCCAUGAGUCGGCAAGGCCUCAGGACAGUGACUUGAUCUGAACCUGGGACUAACAGCCAAGGGGCUUCGGGGCAGCAGCAGCAGCAGCAGCAGCAGCAGCAGCAAUGGAGGAGCUGGGAGUGAUAGUGGAGAAAAUGCAGGAUGAUAUCCCUUCACUGAUGUCAUCCAGGCCCCACACUGGCCUGUCCUUUCUCGCUCCUGAACCCGAGGAUUUGGAGGACCUAUACAGCCGUUACAAGAAGCUACAACAGGAGCUGGAGUUCCUCGAGGUGCAGGAGGAGUACAUCAAGGAUGAACAGAAGAAUCUGAAGAAGGAAUUCCUCCACGCCCAGGAGGAGGUUAAACGCAUCCAGAGCAUCCCCCUGGUGAUCGGGCAGUUCCUGGAGGCUGUCGACCAGAACACAGCUAUCGUGGGCUCUACGACAGGUGAUUCCCAUCAUCUGCUAGUCGCAGGCACCAGCGCUGCCUGCUCCUUGUGGGGUGGUGGUGGGGGGACAGAUUCGAUUUCGGAGCAGGAGGAGGCCAUUCAGCCCCCUCCACCCUGCUGCCCCAUUCAGUAA